CAAAAGUUGAUUAAAACCCUACUCGUUGUGCGUCCAUUUCUUCCGUGGGCAUAGGCCAACGCCGAAGUAUGUAAACUUACUGAUAAUCGCAUUAUAUCAGGAAAAAAAACGACAACCUUAACAACUGCGACUGGACAUGGACGGCGGCGAUAACGAUUCCCGACAGGGAAGUACGUUAGUUAUUCAUCAAACCACAGAACAACUUAUCGCCAGGUGCAUAGCUCCCGUUAAAAAGGACUUCCUUCGCCCUCCUCCCGUUCGAACUUCCUCUCAAAACGACGACAUUCCCAUCCCAAACGACAAACCCCCUGUUCUCGCAAAGGAGAAGAAGUCUAAACGACAACUCAAACGCGAACGUCGUCAGGAUCAAAAAUCAACACGAAACUUGUGUCCAGAAAUUUCCAAAUCUGGUGAUGUUAAUUCGUGUCGUUAUAAAGACAAGUGCCGUUUCAGCCAUGAUAUUGAAGCAUUCAAGGCACAGAAAUUGGCUGAUUUGGAGGGGGAGUGUCCUUUCUUGAAAUCUGAAGGGCCAUGUCCUUAUGGAUUAUCGUGUAGAUUUUUAAAUACGCAUGAAGAGAGUACUGUGUCUAUACCUUCUUCUAAUGGAUUGAAGAUAAGGUCUGAGGUUAAUGGUUUUAGCAAAGAUGUUCAGAAACUUUUGUGGAAAAACAACAUGACAUUUCCCAAAGCUGAUGCCAAGCUCAAAUCUCUUGGCCUCUUUAAAAUGUUGCAGGGACAGUCGAAGUCAAAAGUGAAUGACAUGGAAAACAAAGAUGGUGGUGACAAAUGCGAUCAGUCUGAGGACAAUGGCUCUUGUGCAGUUACAUCUGACUUGGAAAACAAAGAUGACGAUGAUAAAUGCCAUCAGUCUGAUGACGAUGGCUCUUGUGGGGUUCCCCCUGAAUCAGGUUCUAAGUUAGAAUGCUCUGAAGAAGUUAUAAAAGAUGAUGAUAAUAAUGGAGAACUUGAAUCUGAUGUACUCUGUCCCCAGAAGAGAAGAAAAACUGCUGAAAGUGGUGAUGGUGAGAAGAUAGAAAAUGAAGGUGUGAGUGUUACUGACCAAAAUGUUGAUGGAAGCUGCAUAAGAUCUGAACCAGAGGCAGGGACUGAAGCUAUAACCCCAGAAACUGAUCUAAGCUUGAAAUUGCACUCACGUGAAAAGAAGCUUAUUGAUUUCAGGGAAAAGUUGUAUCUUGCACCCUUGACCACUGUUGGAAAUCUCCCUUUCCGUAGAGUUUGCAAAGUAUUAGGAGCUGAUGUAACAUGUGGUGAAAUGGCAAUGUGCACAAAUCUUUUGCAGGGUCAAGCUUCAGAAUGGGCAUUGCUGAGACGCCAUUCAUCUGAAGAUUUGUUUGGUGUACAAAUCUGUGGGUCAUAUCCAGAUACUGUAGCUCGAACAGUUGAACUAAUAGAAAAGGAAUGUACAGUAGAUUUCAUUGAUAUAAAUAUGGGUUGCCCUAUUGACAUUGUUGUGAAUAAGGGUGCUGGAUCAGCUCUUCUUACCAAACCAAUGCGGAUGAAAAGUGUUGUUGAAGUAGCUUCUGGCACAGUUGAUAUACCGAUAACUAUCAAGGUACGGACAGCUUAUUUUGAAGGGAAGAAUCGCAUUGACUCUCUUAUAGCAGACAUUAGCUCCUGGGGAGCCAGUGCGGUGACAAUACACGGUAGGUCACGCCAACAACGCUAUAGCAAGCUUGCUGACUGGGAUUACGUAUAUCAGUGUACCAAGAAAGCCCCUAAUAAUUUGCAAGUAGUUGGAAACGGAGAUGUUUUUUCAUUUGUAGACUGGAACAUCCACAAAACACAAUGUCCUGAACUUGCUACAUGCAUGAUUGCCCGUGGUGCACUGAUUAAACCUUGGAUAUUUACGGAGAUUAAAGAACAAAGACAUUGGGACAUUAGUUCUGGCGAGCGACUAAAUAUUCUCAAAGAUUUUGUGCAUUUUGGUCUUCAACAUUGGGGUUCAGAUACAAAAGGGGUGGAGACAACAAGGCGGUUCUUGUUGGAGUGGCUUAGCUACACUUGUAGGUACAUACCUGUUGGUCUUUUGGAUGUGGUUCCACAACGAAUAAAUUGGCGUCCUCCAUCGUACUAUGGGCGAGAUGACCUUGAGACAUUGAUGGCCUCAGACUCUGCAGCUGACUGGGUACGAUUAUCAGAGAUGGUACUUGGCAAAGUUCCAGAUGGCUUUACUUUUGCACCAAAGCAUAAAUCAAAUGCUUACGACAGAGCUGAAAAUGGUUAAUAAAUCAAAUGCUCAUGAAUCAUUUUCUUCUCAACUGUUUAUUUGUUGUCUUGUAUGCCUUCCCGAUUGGUUUGAAAAUGUUGAGGAGACAACAUUUCAUAGUUGACCUUUACUUUUCAAUCAUUCACUCCUCUACUUUGAAACAAAACAUUUAUUAAAUAAACAAUCAUUGACAUUUGAUAUGUAAGCAAUAAUCAUUUUGAGUCACGCCAACUUUUGCAUGCUCGGGUCAAUUUGAAUUUUCCAAUUGCUGUAGUAUUUAUUUA